AUGUCUGCUCUGGCUCAAGCUAGAUUAGCGGAAGAGAGAAAGCAAUGGAGAAAAGAUCAUCCUUAUGGCUUCUGGGCUAGACCUCAGAAAGCAGCAGAUGGAACAUUGAAUCUUAUGGUAUGGGAAGUAGGUAUUCCUGGUGUCGCCAAGACAAAUUGGGAAGGAGGGGUUUAUAAAGUUAUCAUGACUUUUCCUGAUGAUUUCCCUGCUAAACCUCCCAAAUGCAAAUUCGAUCCACCUUUAUUUCACCCAAACGUUUAUCCAUCAGGAACCAUCUGUCUUUCUAUCCUAGACGAAGAGAAAUCUUGGAAACCAGGUAUCACCAUUAAACAAUUAGUUUUGGGUAUACAAGAUCUUUUAGAUCAUGCUAAUAUUGCUGAUCCUGCUCAAGUUGAUGCGUAUCAAAUGUUCAGAAACGAUAGACCGGCUUACGAACGUCGUAUCAAACAACAAGCUCAAGAACGUCGACCUCGUUGA